UCCAUUUCACUUGUAAUUAUUGGCAUAAUUAUAUGUGUACCUUUUGUUUGUUGCAGCACGAGAACGAAUCACCCGGGAGCCGUAGUGGAAAUUAGUGACAACCCUUUAGAUGCCAAUAAGUUGCUAGUGGCCUUCGAAACUGGACUAGUAGUGGUCUGGGACCUCCGAGCCAAGGCGGCAGAAUGGCGCGGCUCACUCGGAACCCCUGGUGAAGGAAUCCGCGCGGCGUCUUGGCAACACGAUGGGAAGCUGAUGACUGCUCAUGUGGAUGGGGCGUUAGCGGUGUGGAGCACGCGACAGCCUAGGCCCACAUCACUGUCCUAUCCUCAUGCGAAAGCGAACAAAGAUGGAAAACUAGAACCUUGUAAACCUAUACACAGACUGGAAUGGAAAACGUCAAAAACAGGGGAAAGUUUAGUAAUAUUCUCCGGCGGAUUACCAACAGACAAGGCAGGCCGCACGCACAGCAUCACAGUCCUAAACGGAAAGAGCACAACGGUCUUAGAAAUGGAGCACAGUGUGGUCGAUUUCGUCACGCUCUGUGAAAGUCCUCAUACGGCUGAUUACCAAGAGCCGUACGCGAUCGUGGUGCUACUCCAGAACGACCUGGUAGUAAUAGACCUGCAGACGCCAGGAUACCCCUGCUUCGAGAACCCUUAUCCCAUGGACAUACACGAAUCCCCCGUCACGUGCUGUUCGUACUUCGCUGACUGCCCUUCAGACUUGAUCCCCGCGUUCUACUCGGUGGGUCGGCAAGGCAACAAGAAGGCGACGGGGUUCAGCGAGAAAGAGUGGCCAAUCAACGGGGGCGAGUGGGCGCCGGCGUCCUGCUCUUACAGCGAGAUUAUACUUACAGGGCAUCAAGACGGUAGCAUAAAAUUUUGGGAUGCAAGUGCAGGAACUUUACAAAUUUUGUACAAAUUAAAGUGUUCUAAAGUGUUCGAGCGGCGCGGCUCGGUGUCGGGCGGGUACGGCGGCGGCAGCGACGACUCGCCGCUCGCCAUCCAGCAGGCGGCGCUGUGCGCGGAGUCGCGGCGUCUGUGCGCGGCGCUGCCGCACGGACACGUCGUGCUCUUCAAGUUCCGCAAACAGGACACGCACGCCGAGACACACGUAUUAGAAAUCCCAAUGAUAACGGAUUCAUUAGAAGAGGAAACGUCACCAGAGCCUGACGGCAGCCGCUCGGCGUCUUUCAGUCGUGGCGGAGACAGUAUAGAAGGAGAAAGUAGGAGAAGUGGCGUGUGGGCGGGCGGCGGCGGCGGGCUGGGCGCGCUGCGCGUGCGCGGCGCCGCGGGCACGGGCGGCGCGCGCCGCCCCGCGGGUCACGCCGGCUUCCAGGCCGCGCUCGUGGCGCUGCAGCAGGGCGCGCCCAGCCCCAUCACCGCUCUCACCAUCAACUCCUCCUACGGCCUGAUGGCGUGGGGCGGCGAGCGCGGCGUGGUGGUGGUGGACGUGUCGCGGCGCGUGGUGGUGGCGGCGCUCGCCGCGCACGCGCUGUACGGCCCGCUCGACCCCUGGGGCCGCCACGCGCACGCGCACCCGGCCGAGCGCGCGCGCGAGCCCAGCCUGGACCAGCUCUCGGACGCGCACGCGCAGGCGCAGGCGCAGGCGCAGCAGGCGCAGACGCAGCAGGCGCAGACGCAGCAGGCGCGCUCGCCGCCGGCCGCCGCCACCGCGCCGGCCGCGCCCAGCCCCGCCGAGCCCGACGACGACGAGCGCCCCCGCCGCAAGUCCACGCCCUGGAAGACCUUCAACCUCAAGCGCCAGAUCUCCAAGGUCGACCUCAAGCUGAAGGCGGCCUUCGCGGUGCCCUCCGAGCCGAACUUGGAAGAGAAGACGGAGGAGCCGGCGGCCGCCGCGCAGGCGAGCGACGCGCCCGUGGAGAGGGCCGAGAUCGCGAUAGAGUCGCUGGAGGAGUCGUCCGCGAGCGAGUCGCCGCGCUCGGACGAGGAGGGCGGCGGCGACAUGUUCGAGCGCAUGCACCGCGAGCUGCAGGAGCGAGCGCAGCCGGACGUGUACGACCGCAUGCACUCGGAGCUGCAGGAGCGCUGGCAGGAGCGGCCGGACUCGCUGGCGCUGGAGCCGCCGGUGCGGCCGCCGCGAGCGCGCGAGCGGGACCAGCGGCUGCUGUCGGUGCCCAACAUCAAGUACGGCAAGAAGACGGAGGUGAAGGACCUGCGCCGGGCGGGCGCGGCCAGCGCGAGCGCGGCGCCCCCGACGGGCAUCGGGAACCUGAUGCGGCGCUUCAGGGAGUGUGUAGCGCGGCUGUGCCGCGCGGGACAGCAGCAGCAGCGGGCGCCUGCGGGAGACAAGCUGGACAGCUCGUUCUCGCGCUCGCGCUCCAGCAGCAUGUCCAGCCUGGAGAACAUCUCGCAGGAGGGCAUACAGUGUCUCGCGUUCGCUGACAGCUAUACGAAGAAGUCAGACCCGACGACGCUACUCCCGACCCUGUGGAUUGGCACGACGCUAGGCUCCGUGCUGACGAUGAUGAUCAGCCUGCCAGAGGCCGAUAAUAGGCAUACACAGCCCGUAGUGGUUUCCAUGAGUGGUGGUCCUAUCUUCAGGUUAAAAGGUUCAAUUCUGGCGAUGUCAUUCCUAGACUGCAAUGGUGCUUUAAUACCUUACUCAUUUGAGAGUUGGAAAGAUGACGCGAAAGAUGUAAGAGGAAGCCGCGAACGAACACCAACGAAACAGAGCUCAUCGAGCAGUGGUAGCCGUAUGAGCCCCACGCCUGGCGCGGAAGGCGGCAGCGGCGUCGGCGACCGCCAGUUCGUGGUCAUUGCCAGCGAGAAGCAGGCGCGCGUGGUGGCGUUGCCGAGCCAGAACUGCGUUUAUCGACAGCAGAUUGUGGACACUGAUUUCGUCGUUAAGGCUGAGAUUGUUAGCUUGAAAGAUAGUGUAUGUCUUGUCAAUUACCUGUCAACGGGGCACCUGGCGGCGUACAGCUUGCCCUCGCUGCGGCCGCUCGUGCACGUCGACUUCCUCCCCCUCUCCGAGCUCAGCUUCCAGACACAGUCCAAACAGAGGGGUAUCGUAGACCCAAUGCUCUCCAUAUGGGGCCAACAGCUCAUUGUAAACGAAGACACGGACCAGAUAGCGAAGACGUUCUGCUUCAGCAACCGCGGGCACGGGCUGUAUCUCGCCUCGCCCACGGAGAUUCAGAAGUUCACCAUCGACGCCGAGUUCUGCGUGAGCCUGAACGAGAUGCUCGGCGAAUUGUUCCUGCCGCGUGACAUGCCGGAGCCACCCAAGGAGAGCUUCUUCCGAGGUCUCUUCGGCGGCGGCUCGAGACCUCUAGACCGUGAAGAACUUUUCGGCGAGCAAAGCGGCAAGCCCAACCGCACCGUAGCGAAGGUCAUCCCUGGCCCUCGAGAGAACCUUGACCAGCUCGGCGCCCGCGCUUCCACGGCGUCUAGUGAAGUAGCGCGGGCGCACAUGCUCGUGGUGGAGCGAGGAGACAAGCUGAGCCAACUCGAGGACCGAACUGAGCGCAUGUCCACUGAGGCCGCACAAUUCUCGUCGUCCGCGCACCAGCUGAUGCUCAAAUACAAGGACAAGAAAUGGUACCAGCUGUGAGCUGGCCUUGCACUCGACGCGGUCGCCGGCCUCGCUCUUUGUAAUUUAGUACCGGGCCCCGCGCCCUAGAGCUUAGCUACCCACGUAGAGAUCUUAUGAAUACUUUAGACCCUAUAGCCUCUAGGCGUGUCUUGAGAUGAACGCACAAUGUUCCCGCGGGCAGCGCCGGCGCCGCCGCGUUUUUUCGUUUUCAAAACACCCGAUUUGUUUUUAUCCGUGUCUACAGCCUGGCAAAAAAGAGGGCGCCACCAUCUCUAUGUAAACCGUUUCGCAUGUGACAACUAUUGAGUUACUUUUGUAUGAGAACAGCAAGUGUUGCUAUGUGACAAAAAAAAUAGUUUCAUUUCUACUCUUUUUUGUUGCCAAACUGUAAGCAACUAUGAAAUUUAAAAAGCUUACGUAAACAUAUUAGAAAAUGUAUGUUAAACGUUAGAAGAGAAGAGUUUAUGAAGUUACUUUACGUAACAUUUGUCGUCGUAAGAACGACUAAAAAAUACUUUAGUGAAUUUUUAAAUGGCUUUUGAUUGAGACCGCCACGGACAGAAUAAUAUAAAAUAAUCUUUCUGCUACACUUAGGCUUCACAAGAUUAACCUUUUGCUAAUUUUAAAUAGUUUUCAUUAAGAAAAAUGCAGAACAAGCAACUAAUUUUAAAGUGAUUAUAUUAACUAUAUUUUGCUAACUCAGAAUCUGGUGUUUUGUAAACGAAGCCUUCGACUUCGCGCUGAAUCGUUCAAUUAUUUCUGUGCCUAAUAUUCUUACUUCUUUCGGCGGCGCCGGUGCAUUUUCCAGGCGUUCACUGAGCGUUUCAACCGCUGGUCUUUUACAAAUGUUUUUUUGAAUUCCUGAUUCCUAUCAAAUGGUAAGAAAACAGUAAUUCUGAAUUACAACUUAUCACUUUGUACUCACCAUUCUAUUCUAUUUGUGAACUCCUCUCAUACCUACUUGUAAUAUGUAGCUUGUCGUGAGAUUAAGAUUUUCAGACUAAAAAAACACUACUGUCAGGAGUUUAGCCCUUUAUCGUCCGUAUUUUAAAGGUAAGGUGGUUGAAACGUUUUAAGAACGCCCCUCCCUUCGCUUCAGACCGACGGCGCUCGCCGGUGUACAUACUCGUAGCGCCGCUCGUUCACGAUGUGAUAAUGUAAAUAAUCGAAAGCAUUACUAUUGUACUUAACUCUUUUUAUACAAUGUACCUAACGGUAGCCCGCUCUGUCUCCCGUAGAUGCACUCGUAGGACUAGCACGGCCGGCCCGCGACGUCUUAUCGCUCGAUAACACGACAGUUCAUCGCGGCCGACCGCGCCAGUCGUCUCUUAGCGUUCGUGUCUCGCUCGGUUCGCGCCGCACCGUGACACAGUUAGUUGUAAAUUUUAUAGAUACGAGUAACAAAUGAAAUAAGUAUAAUGGAUAACAAUAAUAGUCGACGAUGUUGAUCUGUAUAAAGUAUUAAGUACAUUAUAAAUAAAGAGAUACUUAUAAAGAUUGGAAAAUUAAGCAUUGGAUGACAAUAAUUUUUGUUACACUCGUCAGUUUGCGCUCGGCCGUCGGUCCGCCGGGCGAAACCGAUGUCUUACGACACUCAAUUUUACAACAAUUUUGCCGCGGCAAAGCUGUCAUUAACCAAAAUCUGAAAAUAAAUUUGACAAAGUAUCAGGUCCGUGUUGGCAUUUAAAUAUUUACUACUUUAAAUUCAUGUUUUGCUUUGUCAAAAUUUGUCGUUGAAAAUUCAGUGACGUAAGCCACGGGUGCCUUCACAUUACUUUACGCCCCCAGAUCGUUUGUUUAGCAUUUAUUAGUGAAUUAAAGUUAUAUUAUUGUUAGUGUUUAUAAAUAAUCUGACGCGUCAUCGCGACGCACAUACAAAGAAUAGCAAUACUACGUGUGGGUUACCAGCCUAAUGUAAACCAGACCAAUCGGUGUCGUGUCGGUGUUGCUAGCUAACAAAUAUAAGAUAAAUAAAGCGAUAACUACGCUACUAAAAUAACGACUAAAAGCUGUUGUGUAUAUCGCUGGCUCUUUAGGUAGACGGUGGGCAACGCGGCGCUAUUUUUAUACAAGCUAAAGAACGUACUUGAAGCCAAAACUUGUUUGUUCACACUAAUUUCAAUAGAAAUGUAAUGUGCUCUUUUGGCUUAGAUCUGAAAGCAUUAACUGUCGAAUAUUCUAUAGCGCGACAAUGAGAUAGCCGCCGUCUUUACUCACAGGAGGUGACAAAGUGAUAGCAUGUCGUUUAUCUUGUCGCGCCGCGCCCCGCCCUAGCAUAAGUACCGUGUAGUAUAUCGGUGUAUCACAUGGCAAUAAUUUGUAUCUACGCGAAGCCGCUACACUGCUCCGUUGCUUUCCGAUCAUUUAUACUUAUCCUUCUAAACUUCCUUUGGAUAUUGUAUCGUCCAAUGUCAUUUAAUCGCCUUACUUAGCUUCGAUUUUAUACUCUAUAUAGAGAUGCUAGUUCGAUUUAGUUUGUACGUAUUAGUUAGCGUCUGUAUGAUAUCUUCAGCUGUAUAAUGUUGGAUGCCAAAGGUUUGUACUAUUUUGACGCUGUGUUAUACAUAAUUGUUACACGAUUUGUAAGCGUAUUUUAAUUUAGUUUAAGAGUUCCGUUUUUGCAAAUAUGACAACUAGAGUACCUUCAUAGGCUUGCGGAGUAAGCUCCGCUCGUCAAUAUCACUAUAUCGUAGCCGUUUUUAACCAGAUUAUUUUGGAAUAGAGACCUAUAUCGGAAUCGCCGGAUUUUACUCGAAAGUGGCUAUUUUCAUAGAACUGUUUUCCCUGGUGUUUCCAGGUGUUUUAAAGCUUUUAGGUAUUCCUUUGGAACCCGUACCUGCCGCUCGCGUAUCACUGUAUCGUCGCAUAUCAGUCGAGUAAGGUCCGUUCAAAAUAGCCCUAAAGCGUAAAGUAGAUUUUUCAUUUUCACAAGUCGAGUUAAUAUUAAGGUCCUUUGAAGCAUGUUGUAAUAUCUGUUAUGUAUGAGUCAGAGUUUAUUUCAGAUGAUAGUUGAGAGUCCACUAUGUUACAAGCUUUGUCACGACAUUAAAAUUAUCAUGUCGAUAUACAUUGUCAAACAUGAUAUGAUAAAAUCAGGCAGAUCAUCAUUCGUUACUACAUUCACGUUCGUAGUAACGAAUAAUCUUCUACACAAAAUGGCGUUCGAUAAAAAUGUUCGUCCUAGUCUUAGACAACUGUGAAAGUAAUUUAAAUUGUCGUGGCAAAGUUUUUAAUGGCUUAGCCGACAACACUUCGACCAUAACAUAGAUGUUGCCAGUGUUGUCGGCACGGCCCUUGUUUAUAAAUAAAAUACAUAAACUACAGUCCGCCAUAUUGUCUAGUCUACUCCCUCGUCUCGCUCUAGCCGAGGCCGCGCUCU